AUGACAUUAUCGGACUCGCCAGGAGGUUCUACCAGUAAGUCUCUAGAAGAGCAGGCUUACUACGGUUCAGAACAAGGCCAAAGUCUGGGACCCGGAAAUGAGCCCUUUCAAGAUGCCCCAGAAGGAGAUGGCCAAUCCUCGAGGGCGCACGUGACCAGACUGAUGAUGCGCCGGUCGAACAAUGGCUAUGAGGGCGAUGAGAUGGACCCAGAAGUGCUCUCCCGUGUCGAAACUCUGGCCCGCACACUUUCACAACACCGUGUACGUGACGGUCCUCUCGAAAUUGACCCGGACAACUUUGAUGCCAAGGAGAUCAUAGGAUCGUUUGUGCGUGACAGUCAAGAUCAGGGCAUCCAUCUGCGGAAAGCCGGUGUAAUCGCAGAGGACUUUAUCGUUAUCGGCGAGGAUUGUUCUGCGGCAGAAGCACCCACAUUUGAAGACAUUCUGCUUUUGCCUCGUACCAUUUUCCGGGGUAUUCGUGCUGCGAAAAAUACAAAGACUCGGGCCAUUGUUACUAACGCCAACGUGCUGGCCAAACCAGGUGAAAUGGUGCUGGUGCUCGGAAGACCCGGUGCAGGCUGUUCCUCGUUCCUUAAAACCAUUUCAGGCGAAACGUCUAAAUUCAAGAAGGUCGAAGGUUCGAUUUCUUAUGACGGGAUUCCACAAAAAGAGAUGAUGCGCAAGUACAAGGCUGAUGUUGUGUACAAUGGUGAAGUGGACGUACAUUUUCCUCACUUGACAGUCCAGCAGACCUUGGACUUUGCACUUGCCUGCACAACGCCCAACGUGCGUGUCAACGGUGCUACCAGAUCUCAAUACGUUGCCGCCAUGCGCGAGCUAUAUGGAACGAUUUUUGGUUUAAGACAUACCUACAAUACCAAGGUUGGUAACGAUUUCGUGAGAGGUGUUUCUGGAGGUGAACGGAAACGUGUUUCUAUCGCCGAAGCUCUAGCUGCUCGUGGUUCCAUUUACUGUUGGGACAAUGCCACGCGUGGUUUGGAUGCCUCUACAGCGCUAGAAUUCGCACAAGCCAUACGGUUGAUGACCAAUUUGCAAAAAUCAGUGGCCCUGGUCACCAUCUAUCAAGCCAGUGAAAACAUUUAUGAAUGCUUUGACAAAGUGACUAUCCUGUAUGAUGGCAGACAAAUUUACUAUGGAGAAGUGGAGCAAGCUAAAGAUUACUUCAGGAAAUUGGGAUACGUUUGUCCAGCUAGACAAUCGACACCUGAAUUUUUAACUGCUUUGACUGAUACUAAGGGCCUGCAUGAAUAUGUCCCCGAUUUCGAAAAAUCAAUUCCAAAGAGCGCAGAAGAUUUCGAAAAGUGUUGGAUUCAGUCAAAGGAGUAUCAGCAAAUGAAGGAGGACAUUCGGAUCUACAAGCAAGAGACAAAAGUUGAAAAUACAAAGCAUCUCUACGACCAGUCUCUGGCUCAAGAAAAAUCCAAGUUGACUCGUUCUAGAUCUGCCUACACUGUUUCAUUCAUGGAGCAAAUCAAGCUAUGUACAAGGCGUGGAUUUGAAAGGAUCUACGGUGACAAGGCCUUCACGGUAACCAACAUUAUUGCAUCAGUUAUUCAAGGACUUGUUACAGGUUCAUUGUAUUACAAUAUUCCAUCAGGUGUAUCGGGUUCAUUCUCGAGAGGCGGUGUGUUUUAUUUCGCCAUUUUGUACACUUCUUUGAUGGGUCUAGCCAAAAUCAGUCUUGAGAGUCGUCCAAUCAUGGAGAAACACAGAACCUAUUCUUUAUACCAUCCCGCUGCAGAGGCAUUUGCCAGCUCUGUCUCUGAGUUUCCUUUCCGCUUUAUCAGUACAACCGCCUUCUACCUCCUUAUUUUCUUUCUUUCGGGUAUGACUAGAAGCGCGGGGAGAUUUUUCACCUCUUUCCUCUUCUUAAUCAUUUGUGCUGAGUCUAUCAACGCUCUUUUCGAUUUGAUCACCGCAUUUAGCAGCAGCGUUUCGCAAGCGAAUUCCGUCGCAGGUACGGUUUUGAUGGCUUUGGUGCUUUACUCUAACUAUAUGAUUCAAACGCGCGCAAUGCACCCUUGGUUUAGAUGGAUUUCGUACUCGACACCCAUUAGAUACACUUUCGAAAGUAUGCUGAACUCCGAGUUUCACGCCAGAAAAAUGGAUUGCUCGAGCAAUAUCAUUCCAGCGGGCCCUUCAUACAGUGGGGUCUCGGUCAAUAACAAAGUCUGUGCCUUCGUCGGGUCACGUCCAGGCGAACCCUAUGUUCUCGGAGACAAUUACUUGAGCGGUCAAUUUGCCUACAAUUAUAGCAAUACUUGGAAGAAUCUCGGAUACGUCUUCGCUUUCUUGGUCGUAUACCUUUUACUGAAAUGUCUGGUCACGGAACUAAGGCCACCAUCAUCUGGUGGUGGUGAUACACUCGUUUUCAAGAAAGGUGCCAAGAGACUGGGAACUCCUUCGGAUGAAGAGAACGAUGAAGCGUCCUUAACCAUGGCUGAGGCGAAGAAGAACAUUGAUAAUGGUAGCGAGGAUACUUCGAGCAUGGCAAGCAAUGUGUUCAAGGAUUUGAAAAGUGAUGGUGUAUUUGUGUGGAAGGAUGUUUGCUACACGAUUCCAUACAAAGGUAGCACCCGUAAGCUGUUAGACAAUGUGACUGGAUACUGUGUACCAGGUACUCUCACUGCUUUGAUGGGAGAAUCUGGUGCCGGAAAGACAACCUUAUUGAAUACUUUGGCUCAGAGAAACGUUGGCGUCAUAACUGGUGAUAUGCUAGUUAACGGAAAUCCAAUCGAUGUAAGUUUCGAAAGACGCACAGGUUACGUCCAGCAGCAAGAUGUUCAUGUCUCGGAAAUGACAGUCAGAGAAUCAUUGCGUUUUGCUGCGAGACUACGCAGACCUGCUUCCGUUCCAGAUGCCGAAAAACUGGAUUAUGUCGAGAAAAUUAUGGAGAUUUUGGACAUGGGUGAAUACGCUGAUGCGCUCGUAGGGGAUUCCGGUUUUGGACUAAACGUCGAACAAAGAAAAAAGGUAUCCAUUGGUGUAGAAUUAGCCGCGAAACCCGAUUUGUUGCUGUUUUUGGAUGAACCAACCUCUGGUUUAGACUCGCAGUCGGCCUGGGCUAUUAUUCAGAUUCUUAGAAGGCUUGCAGAGGCCGGCCAGUCUAUUUUAUGCACGAUCCAUCAGCCUUCGGCAACCUUGUUCGAGCAGUUUGAUAGAUUGCUACUACUAAAGAAGGGUGGACAGACCGUUUACUUUGGCCCAAUCGGUGAGAAUUCAAGGGAUCUCAUCGGUUACUUCGAAGAGAAUGGCGCCAGAGAAUGUACAAGAUCGGAGAAUCCUGCAGAGUACAUUUUGGAGGCCAUUGGAGCCGGUGCCACUGCAUCGGUGAAGGAAGAUUGGUAUGAGAUUUGGAAGAACUCUCGCCAAUUUAACCAAGCGAAGGAAGAAGUUGAUAAACUACUGCGCGAAUCGGCUAACAAAGAGGCUUCUGAGGAUACAGGACCAUCUUCCAAGUACGCUGCACCAUACUUCUAUCAAUUUAAAGUCGUUUACGCCAGAACUUCAACUAUCUUUUGGAGAGACGUGAACUAUUUGAUGUCAAAAAUGAUGUUGCAUCUAUCCGCUGGUCUCUUCAUCGGUUUCACGUUCUAUAAUGUCGGUACCAGUUAUACCGGACUGCAAAACACCAUGUUUGCGGCCUUCCUGGCCUUGAUUAUUUCCGCACCUGCCAUGAAUCAAAUUCAGGCUCGUGCUAUAGCUUCAAGAGAACUCUAUGAGGUAAGAGAAUCCAAGUCAAAUACCUUCCACUGGAUGUUUCUCGUCCUCACGCAGUACUUGUGUGAACUACCAUAUCAGCUCAUAUUCUCCACCAUUUUCUUCGUUGGUUUUUACUUCCCUCUCAGAGUUCACUAUGAGGCACGCUAUGCAGGCGUCUUCUUCUUGACCUAUUGCAUUAUGUUCCAGCUGUACUUCGUUGGUUUGGGCCUGAUGUUGCUGUAUGCUGCUCCAAACUUGGCCUCAGCUGGUGUUAUGUUGAGUUUGUCUCUGUCUUUCCUACUUUCCUUCUGUGGUGUUGUGCAGCCUGCCAGCUUGAUGCCAGGAUUCUGGACAUUCAUGUGGAAGGUAUCUCCAUACACCUAUUUUGUGCAGAAUGCAGUUGGUGUUGUUCUCCACAACAAACCAGUGGUUUGCAGAAAGAGAGAGAUGUCUUUCCUCAAUCCACCUGCUGGACAAACUUGCGGGGAGUACAUGAAGGACUUUUUGUCUCAAUCUGCGGGCUACAUUUACAAUCCUGAUGCUACCGAAAACUGUGGCUACUGCGUAUUCAAAGUAGGCGACGAAUAUUUGAAGCAAAUUAGUGCCAGCUACAGUAACAUCUGGAGAAACUUUGGAUUCUACUGGGUGUACAUUGGCUUCAAUAUUUUCGCCAUGGUUGCUCUAUACUACAUUUUCCACGUCAGUAACUUCUCUUUGAAAGAAACCAAGAUAGGUAAAGCUAUCAUGGGUAAGCUCAAGAAAGAGUAA